AUGGCCACAGUGUCGUCCACGUCGCUGUUGUCUCGGACGAGGUCCGGCCGCCUGCCGAGCGGCAAGUCUGCCGGCCACGACGCGGUGACUGCCCAUUCGGCCGUGUCCUCUGCGUCCUCCUCUAUCUUCCUCUCGACAUCCUACGUCGACGUCUUCCUCACCAACCUCCGCCUCCUGGACCUCGACCUCCGCCCCGACUGGCCCGGCAUUACGGCGCGCACGUUUGCUGCCAAAGAUGCCACCCAGGGCCAGAAACGCCGCAUCCAGAGCGUCGAGUGGGCGCUCUUCCACCUGUUCUGCUUCUGGGACCCCGACGAGGCCCGCACCAAGAUGCAGCCCUACUUCCCGCCAGCCGACCAGGUGCAGUCCGUGAAUCUGCGGGCGGCCUUUCUGCGGGCCCUCGAGACGGCCAAGAAGACGGGCGCGCUCGGCCGCGACGCCAUCCUUCGAAAGACAAUGCUCGACGAGUGCCGCGGCGAGCGGCUGGAAGAGAUUCUGGCCGUGUUUUCGUCGGCCGUGCUCAAGCGGGUGGUGGGGGACGGCAACGGCGGGGACACAUCGGUGGCCCUGCGCGCGGCCCUCGAGAACCGCGGCUACGCGGCCGACCGGACACAACUACAUGCCCUGAUCCUCGCCUACAAAGUGUCCCUGAGCCGCACGCUGCGGCACAAGGAGGCUGCGCGCGCGCGGUACCGCGACUUUGCCGAGCUGCUGGCCCUCAAGGAGCGCAGCAUUGCCCGGCGGAGAGAGCUGGCGCGCUCUCUGGAGGACGACGACGACGCCGUUCCCAUUGCCGACGAUGUCAAGCUGCGCCUGCAGCGGCUGGUGCGCAACAACUGGUCGGGCAGCGAGGCAUGGAUGAAUGCGCUCGUGUAUGGCGACGACCGCACGCGCAAAGACGGCCUGCUGUCGACGCCACCCGACCGCGUGUGGCGACGCGUGCAGGCGGGCCGGCUGGGCGAGCUGGAGAGCAAGACGGAGACGGGGUUGCUGGACCAGUUCGACCGGCGGGUGGCGGCCCAGAAGGAGCGGCUGCAAAGGUGGCAGGAGUACAGCCGGCGUGUCCUCGGGAAGCACCAGCACGAGGCCCGUACCGACUCCAAGAAGCAGACACCAGACCAGCCGCAGGCCAAAACGACAGCGGGCAUCGACUUUGGCUUUGACGCACACAGUGACCUGCACCCGACACUCAAUCCGAAACGAAGCAGGGGCGACGCGCCGGUCGUACCGCCACGCAACGACGACUAUGCCGACUUGCUGCGGAGUUUCCACCGCGACCUGGCCAAUGUCGACAUGCCACGAGACGGCCCGGCUCCGCUGGCCUCGUUUCUGGACUCGCGGAAAGCAGCAGCCAAUGUGCCGGCGAGAGGACACGCGAGGGCAGUAAGCAGAGAGGCAGAGGCAGAUGCAGAUGCAGAAGCAGAUGCAGACGACAUGGAGUCUGACAUUAGCGACAUUGACGAGCACCCCAUCGUCCAACAGCAAGAUCUAGUCCUCCAACAACAGCAGCUGUCGGCUCCGCCCAGCGAAGACGCCGAGUCGCCUACCCGCCGCCGCGUCCUCCUGACGAAAAAGAGCAUGACCUUUAGUGUCAAGUCGUACCACUCGGACGACGAGCCCUCGCCGCCUCGCGAGUUCCUGUCGCCCAAAAUCAAGCGCGCCGCCACCAUCCAGGUCGACCAGCCGUUGUCGCCUACCGCGCGGAAGCUGUCGCCCCAGUUGAGCGAGCCGGCACGGCCGAUCCGCCGACGCCAACAGUCACCGCCCAUUCGACCACCUCCCAGCCGAACAUCGCCCACGCGCGCAACACCCGCCCCAGUCAUCCCUCGCACACCGUCGCCCGACCGCUCACCGCCUCCACCGUCGCCGCCAUCCGACGACGACGGUCCCUUUGAGCUCGUGUCGACUCCGCAGCACUCGAUCGUCUUGCAGCCGCCGCCCGCCGCCGACGGGCCAGCUGCUGUGGCUUCGUCUGCUGCGUCUCCGUCGUUUGCAGCGUCCCCCACGCAGGACCUCGCCGACCAGAUCCUGGCAUCCAUGAACAAUGCGUCUCCAUCGCCCGUCAAGGCGAAGCGUCCACGACACACCUUGUCCCUCGCGGAGCGGACACGCAUGACCAUGGCCCGGGCAUCACGGGCGGGCGGCGGCGUGCGGACGGUGGGCGACAGCGACGACGAGUUUGGCGACGACGACGGCGACGUGUACGACGACGAGAACGCGUUCCGUGGUGAGCGGGGCCAAGACACGCCCGCGAACCGCCACCAUCUUGCCGCCGGGGCGUCCCUGUCGGUACGUACGACGGGCGGCAACAGCAAGACGACGAGCAGACCGGCGCGCAAAGACGGCAAAGACGGAAAGGCGGCGGAGGAGGUGCCGGACGAGGCAGCCGCGACGAGUAGUGCUACCAAUGGCGACCGCUACGAAGACUUGGUCGCCCGCACGCGGAAGAGCAUGGCCGGCUUUGAGGCCGCCCGCCAAAAGGCCCAGCUUGACCGUCGGCGCUCGCAGCGCAAGAGCCGGCAGUCGUCGUUGGGUGUGGGCGGCGGACCUGCAGGCGCGUCGUCGUCGACGGCCACUACACGACGCGAAGCCGCUGCCAAUGGUGGUGGCUACUUCCCGCCGGUGGACGAGCACGGUGGCGGCGGCGCGUACGAGGAAGAAGAUACUACGAUGCUGGCCGAGGAGCUCAUGUCGGGCGGCCAAGACGACGCCGAGGCCAUCUUCCGUAGCCGGCCCAAGAUCAAGAUGAGCCCGAUACCCAGCCCAACGCGCGAGCUGCAGUUUUAG